AAAGCCUCUCCAUUGUAGCAUCUGCUGUCCAGCACUUCAGCACUGUAUGGGCUCUUGUGCCAUGAGAGCAGUCACAGCCCUUGUACAUGCACUUGCUUCUCUUCCUCAUCCUUCCUCCAGAGCCCGAGCAGAGACUACCGCCUCCCCAGCAGCACGCACGGCAUUUCUCAGCGCUUAUACAAUAAAGAGAGAGGAGAGCUGAGCAGCUGCACGGUGCAGCGCCUGAAGCCUAUUUAAAGAUAUCAAAUUAUGUGCACAAGGGCAACAGCUGAAGAAAUGAAUUGACCUAUUUAAACUGAAAUCUGUAACUCAACUUCUGACAGACAUCGUGGAGCAGGGAAAUAAAGGAAGGCGUUGCAAUGGCUGUGUGCAAUAAUGGUACAAGGAUGCCUUCUCCACAGGAGGCUGCCAAUGGUUUCCCCCAACCCUGUGCUUCUGGUACUUGGCAUAAGACUGAAGAGGAGCCAAGAACAACGGAGCCCAAUCUUGUGAAGAAAGCCCAUCGAGAAAUCUUGGAUCAUGAGCGAAAGAGACGUGUGGAGCUCAAGUGCAUGGAGCUACAGGAAAUGAUGGAAGAGCAGGGGUAUUCUGAAGAAGAAAUUCACCAGAAGGUGGGAACCUUUCGCCAAAUGCUCAUGGAAAAAGAGGGAGUCCUAACCAGGGAAGACCAACAUGGUCGCCAGGUAGUUAUUGAAAACCAUUAUAUGGUUCCUGGAGAAGAGAGUGUCACAGAGUAUUCAAUGUAUGGAGAAGGCUACGCCCUGGAAUGUGAUUGUCAUGGUGAUUGGUAUCGGGAUGACAGCAGCCACAGAGACUACAGGACAAAAAGAAGGCUAAGUAGCUCAGUAUCUCCUCCACCAAAGAAGAGAAAGAAGAAGAAAUCCAGCCACAAAAGGAGUCGCUGUGAUAGUUCAUCACCAGUGCGGAAAGAGAAGAAAAAGAAGAGUAGUAAAAAGCACAAAAGGGACAGGUCAAAUUCGGGGUCAAGAAAGAAGCGAAGGCACAGAUCAAGGAGCCCUAGAAACAAAAAGAAAGAUAAAAUCAAAGACAGAAAGAGAUCUCACAGUGGGUCAACAACACGCAGAACCCACAGACACAGCAGUUGCAGUUCCCAUAGUGGAUCCCCUUCGUCUGACUACAGCACCUCCAAGUCACCAACCAGGCAAAGCCCCAAGCAUAGGCAAGAUGACCGCAAGCCUUCUAGCCAAAGAUCCAGCCGUAGCCUGUCCUCCUCAUGCACUGGCCACAGUCGAUCUGCUACACCCCACCAGAAUGGACAUAAGAGUGGCAAUAACAAUGGUCACCACAGUGAAGGAAAUCUUCUAGAGAAGCAUUUGGAUCGGUUCAGUUCAAUUUCUCCUUCUUCAAGGAUUCAUGUAAAAGUUGAGAUGUCACCCAGCCACUUUAAGGGCAACAGUAGGCAUGACAUCAGAAGCCCAAGAUCUGUUUCAUCAAGCAAAGGUGGUAGAUGUUCAUCGGAGGAUAAACACCAUCAUCGAUCCAGGUCUCCAUCAUCAGAGAGGCACCACGGUCGAUCUAGAGCAAGAAACAAGUCACACAAGACAUCUCCUGCCAACUCAGGAAGCCACAAGGGCUAUAGCAGUGACUCUGAGGAAUCAGUAUUAUGCCAUGCAGUGGGGAUAGACAAAAAUCAUGGUGCGCCCACCAAAAAGAAAAGAGUUAGACAUUGCCGUGGUAAGCAAAACAGCUGUUCUGAAUGUUCACUGAAACAUCCAAGACAAAACUCAGACAGAAAGAAAAGUCCAACAAGAAGUACUGGUAAUAGAGGCAGCUCCUGGAGUUCAAGCUGCUCCCCAUCCCGUUCGAGAUCACGUGAGAAGAGGUCAGUAAGAAGCAGAUCCCGAUCUGCGUCUCAGAAGAAGCCUGCCAACAGGGAAAAAGACAGUGAUAACAGAGCACGGCAUAAUGACAACGAGGCGGCCCGGCCACGUAGACGCUCCAGAAGUUACUCACCAAUACGAAAAAGACGCAGGGAUUCUCCGAGUUUCAUGGAAGCCAGAAGGAUUACAAGUGCUCGAAAGCGCCCGAUUCCUUACUACCGUCCAAGUCCCUCUUCUUCCAGCUCCCUGAGCAGCUACUCUCACAGUCGUAGCCGAAGCAGAAGUUAUGACAGCUACAGCAGCUACAGUCGCAGCCGAACUCGGAGUCGCACCCCCAGCCACAGUCGAAGCCCCAGCUACAGAAGCAGUUCAGAGAGUGCUGGAUUUUAAGAUGCUGUACAUUUUAAUCCACUCCCGAAAUAAUCACAUUUGCUUCCUAAAGUAGAUUGUGUGUUAGCUCAAGAGGAAUCUGAAGGAUGGUGUCAGAUUUAGAUACAUAUGACAUAUAAGGAUGUAUAGAAAGAAAAUCACACACUUGAGCAUCCACAAAAUCACUUUAAUACAAGACUUCAGUUUAUGAAGUUUAACACUUAAGAGAAAUGUACUUUUUAAACUAUUCUGUCUGUAAUGUAUAUUUCACAUAUUAUUUGUACAACCGUCCAAAGCCGUAAGCACAGCACCAGGAUAUUCAUCUUCUUCUGAUAUAAAGCAGCCUCACUAUUUUCCCCUCUCACAAAUACUAAUAACAUUAGUCCAUUAUCUCAAAAAGAUCCUUGAAUAACUUAAAUUCCUAGCAGAGUCUUGAUAGCCCUAAAUUCUAUAUAAAUCUUAUCUAGAAAAGAAUAUAUAUAUAUAUAAAAAUUUUAAAUAAAUGGGGGCAUACUUAAUAAAGAUUGUUAAAUAUGCAUGGAAAUGUGCAUGGCUUUCAGAACAGACUAGUUGGGCCUGUACAUUUAACAAAAAAGCCCAAUGUUGAGGCAGUUCUGCCCUAAAAGAACAAUUCUUUAUUUUUUCAUUUUGUCAGACUGAAUUGGACACGUUCGCAGAAAAAGACAAAUAUAUACCCGACCCCACUACACGCUUAAAAUGAUGCCACCCAGUGGGGAAUUCAUGUUUAUAACACAGGAAAUAACCUGAGUAAUGGAUAGUUUGAUUUAUAGUCAGUUAGUCAAAUAUAUGCUUUCAAUAUAUACUCACUGCCCUGGGCCAAUCAGAUCUAAUAAUAGGUUUCUGAAUCAAGGCAAAUUGGCAUUAGUACCCGAGUUUGAGCCACAGAUGAGAAGGAGUUGAAUAUGAAUUUUGAGUCUUUGCAUAUAUUCCUAAGAAACAGUGUUCUACAGAUCUACAAUCAGCAACAACAACAAACAGACUUGUUCCAUUUCAGAAUUCAUAGGCUUCUUUAGUGCAGCAAAAAAACAUAAACAGCUAGAGGACACUGACCUGUAACAUGGUCAUAUAAUAUUCAGUCAUUGAAUUCUUAUGUACAGUAUCUUCCUUGGAGUUGAGACAGAGCUAAAGCUUCCCAACCUCCAAGAGCAAUAUAACAUUUUGCUAGAAAGUGACUGCUGUGCAUUUCUCUUGGUUGUUGGUUUGAAUUUGUGUAAGACUCGGUUAUAAUCUGCUAAUGCUGACACUACUGUACAAACUUCAGCAAAGAAAAAAAUAAAUGCAUCAAGAACAUCCAAUAAUCUAUGGGGCAGCUAUAUGAAACAUGGAAAUGGGGACUCCAUAAAGCUUCCCCGCAGUUUAAUCUUUAUUUUUUUCAUUACUGUUCAGCGCUGCGAAAUAUGUUGGCGCUAUAUAAAUAUAUGUUAAUAAUAAUAAUAAUAAAAUUAAUAAUAAUAGAAAUUAUCUAUGAUUAAACAAUCAGCCCCAACGGGGCAUGAUAAUCGACGAUUAACUUAUCAUGGGAAUCUGGGAGUCUCCAGAAUUUCAGCGCUGCGAAAUAUGUUGGCGCUAUAUAAAUAAAUGUUAAUAAUAAUAAUAAAAUUAAUAAUAAUAGAAAUUAGCUAUGAUUAAACAGGGCCUGAUAAUCGACGAUUAACUUAUCAUGGGAAUCUGGGAGUCUCCAGAAUUGAGCCUUUAUCUGAUGAUGGUGUUUUAUUUAUGUUAUUCUGCAAUUCUAAAUUAUUAUACUAAAGAAAGAAUGGUCACCAUGCAAAACUAUUUAUUUGCUAUUAUUCGCUUUUAGACUACUUUUUAUUGUAUUUAUUUAUUAUGCACUAUAUAUAUAUAUAUAUUGUAUUUAUAUACCUUUUGUAUCAUUUGAUGAUUACAUUAUUUUCAGGGAGGAAUGGGCAUUAAGUCGAAAUUAACCCACUUAAAAAAGGGUAAUAAUCUCCCAGUCCAUGGACAUCCCUCACUUAUUUAUACAAUGUAAACUAGAUGUUUUGUGCAUUAAGAAUUUGGAAAUGAACAGUGCAAAAAUUACGCUGAAAAUGGAUGUUGUAUUCUUCCUAAAGUAUUCAGCAUCAACACAGAGCCACAAUGAACACAAAGACUUGGAUAUAUCACUUCAAGAUCUAAUUUACAGAACAAGAAUAUUGGGCAUCUCUAUUUCCACACUGCACCAAUCAACUAAGGAGGAGCCAUCUGAACUCAAAGGAUUUGGUUAAAACAACAUGGUUCCAAAUAGACAAGUAGUAUUUGGCCCAUCUGUGUCACAAACACAAAACAUGGAAACUUUAUUUGUAAUCUUCACAAUGGAUGUGCCGUCAAAAUGUAUUUUAAAAAAAGUUACAAUAAUAAAUAUGUUGUAUAGAUUCUUGACAAAAAUAUGUAAUUCAUGGUACCAGCUGGCCUUCACUGAUAGUAGGUCAGUUGUACGGUUUUAAGAUGUUAAUAGCUAUUAAAUGACUUGUUUUAUUUUCCUUAUAUAAAAAUAUAAACUGCAGCCAAUUAACUGAAAAGCAUUUAAGAUCACAAUUCAAAACUGAUAAUGUACUAUGCAUUAAACUUUAAAAAAUGUAAAUGAAAUGAUUUAAAUACCAGAAUGUUUGUAAGACCAGGGGCUUGUUUAUUAACGCUAGGUAAAUUUGCAUCAGUGCAGUAACCCAUAGCAAACAACUGCAGGUUUGGUUUUGCCUGCCAAGCUAAUUGGUUGAUUUGAGUGUUGGUUCUGAAGCAAAUGUGCUCAGUGAUACUAAAUGAGCCCCAGUUGUUAUUGCACUGUGUUUGCCAUAUGCUUUUGUCAUCCACGUUUCUCAGUAAAAGUUUAUCCGCCAUUUCUCACUGAGAUGUACAUUAGGAAGUACUCUGUGUGCCAUAUGCCCACGGGGAGCUGAUAAAAUAGGUUUAAAUAUCUGGAUAUGGCUGCACUGUGAAAUUACAAAAAUAUCUAUAUUUCAAGCAGGUAUUCUUCCUGAGGUCUUCUUCAAUACAUAGUAGUGUAAUACCAAAACACCAAAUCCAAAAUGAAACUUUAUUUGGUGCAUUCUAUUUAUUUAUAUAUAUCUUCAAAUGAAGACCAGCAACACCGAGAUGAUUUGCCAAAAAUCCAAAGUGUAUUGAAAACCUCAUGAACAACUGUUCAUGCAAUUUGGAAUACACUUUGAAUUUUUUGCACGUCAUCUUGGUGUUCAUUGAAGUAUCUGCAUUGUUUGCCUUGUAUCCAAGGAAAGUAAUAUAGUAAUAGUAAUAUGCCCCUAUUCUAGAUUACAUUCAUUUUGCAAGAUCUGAAAUGGCUGAAUGUUUAGUAUCCGGCUAAAUCAAAUCAAAACCCUUAAUCAAAUGAAGUGUUAAACAACAGAAAGUCACACAUUUCCAUUCAGAGAUGAUGUGCUUAUCAGGGGCUGGAUUUGGUGCAUCACAAAAAUAUAUAUAAAUAUAUUAUCAUAAAGCCACAAUGAACAAAACCUUACUGGACUGAAUCCAUUAAGAUAUUAUUCUGAGAACAAGAUUUACAAGAUUGUGUUUUUUAAUGUCUUCAAAACCCAAUACUGUUCCACCAGCCGUUAAGGGAAGUAUGUAAUCUCAUAAAACAAUGAAUCAAAAUGGAGAGUAUGCAGAGAUAGAUUUGUGAUACCAAAAGGUAUAUAUAUAUAUAUAUAUAUAUAUAUAUAUAUAUAUACAUACACACACACACACAAAGGUUUGAAAAAAAUGUAUUUAAUUUGUAAUAGAGUCAUAUGUGUGCUGUGCAGUGUUUACCUAAUCCUUGGAAAGAUACUCUUGACUUUCAUCACUUACAAGUUGACUUAAGAAAAGAAGGUUUUUUGUUUUUUUAUAGUUUCUAGCAAUCGGAUAGGCUCUACAAAAGAACUAUGUGUUCCAGCAAUUAACAAGAGGUAAUUGGUAAUUUUCAAGUUCAUCUCUUCCCCGUACAGUGCUGCUUUGCUGCAAUGUUAAUGCAGGUCAGAUCCACAAUUAUGUGAAGGUUUAGCAAAUGACCAUGAGUAUAAUGGUUUUAUCUCUCAUUAAAGUGUAUAGUUUCAAUUAUCUGGAAUGACCUAUUUACUGUACCUUGUAUCGGUAGAUGUCAUAAUGUCCGGAAAAGUUUCAGUGUGAUGUAAUAUUGGCAUUUUCCAUAAACAAUUCUAUGUUUUAAUA